AUGGCGAGCGACACGCCAGUGCGAUUAUCUCGAGGCCGAAAAUCCCGAGGUCGCGGUCUCCGCACCAACACUGGCUGUGCAACGUGCCGCAAACGACAUCUGAAAUGUGAUGAAGGUAGGCCCGUCUGUGGCCCAUGCCGUAAGGUCAGCCGACAGUGCGGCUACUCUUCCCCCAGCCGACGCGAUUCAGUCGAACAGGUCGAACAUGUCGAACAACCCGUCGAUGAUGAAGCAAUCGAGGAGGUUUCCACAGACACAAACAACCAUUCUGCAGCCUACUUUGCGUCUAUUCCCGAAGCCGGCACUGAUAAUUCGCCAAUCACAUCAUCACCCGAUGAGCAGCAGAAUUCCAGUGUUCUCUCAUGGACGACGAGCCAUAACCAACCCUCGCUUCAUCCGCUCGAUCAGUUGGCAGCUAUCGUGGCAAUUGAUCACACAACGUCACCGUUUGGUAAUGGUCUCGCAGCAGCACAAUAUUCCGCAGACAUCCCACACUCAGUGACGAGCUCCAUUGAGUCCCCAGGACCAACUGUAAACGCGGCAACUGUGCGGUGGUUUGACCUGCUUGCUAAUGAUGCCGUUCGGGAAAGUCCGCAAAUAUAUAGCGCCAUCGGAGGCUAUGGGCAAGACAUACUUGAAGAAACGGAUGCAUCCCAUAUCACACCUUUACAGCGUGCCACUCGGAUAGUCGAUCGAACCCACGUCGAAGAAGAACAGUUACGGCCAGACUUAAACGCAGGACAGUCUACGCCAAAUCCAGGACAGUCGAAACUCAAUUCUCAUGCCGUUAACUCACCUGCGAGUUCACACUCGGAGGAGAGGUUAUGGCAAGCACCAGAGCCGAUCCAACUUCUCCCACAGGAGUACUCCCUGUUUGAGAACUUUGUACAGCAGGUCAGCCCAUGGAUCGAUCUUUUCGACCCAACUAACAAAUUCUCUACGUUUGUGCCUCAUCUUGCGAUGCGCAAUGCUGGGUUGCUGAAUGCAAUCCUAGCCCUUUCCUCUCGUCACCUCUCAAUUAACCCAGAACGAUCCUCGCAAGACCAUCCCCACCGGGAAAUCUCGCUCCAGUACUAUUACCAAACGCUUCACUAUGUUCAGAAAGCUAUGCAAUAUUCGAGCUACAAAACCAGUCUAGAGCUUCUUGCUACAACAUUAAUCAUAUCGGCCUACGAAAUGCUAGACGAUUCAAGUCAAGACUGGCAGCGACAUUUAGAAGGUGUUUUCCUGAUUCAGCGUUCACAAGUGAUACACGGUGAUUCCGGCGGACUGAAGGCUGCUGUAUGGUGGGCAUGGCUCUGCCAGGACGUGUGGGCAGCAUUUCGAGAAAGACGGAAAACGCUGACCUUUUGGGUUCCCAAAAAGACGUAUGCAGACCUUACACCGUCUGAGAUUGCUGCUCGCUCGAUGCUUGUUCUCGCAAAAGUAAUCAAUUACUGUUCUCGGGAAGAGUGUACUCUCGCAGAGAUCAAUCUACAAGCUAGGGUGGAUAAGGCAAAGCACCUGCGUUCUAUGCUUGAUGAGUGGUGGGGCCAUUUAACUGUCGAGUUUUCUCCUCUCCCAGCAAUGAUCCCCGGCUCAUCUGCAGUUUUUCGACCCAUAUGGAUUCGGACUCCGGCGUUUGCUGUCGCCGUCCAACUACAUUGUGUGGCCCAUAUUCUUCUCCUCUCGUACGAACCGUGCAUUUGUGGAUUGGAUGGCUAUCUCGAGCGGCAGACGAGAAUUCGGCAAUGCAUAGAAAUUAUCUGUGGCAUUGCCAUGACUUUAAAGGACGAUGCAUCUAGUAUGAUAUCAUCGCAAUGUCUAUUUAUCGCGGGAAUGUUUACCCAGUGCAACCGCUCCCGCGAAUGCUUGCUAGACCUCCUCGAGUUAUGUCGGCAACGAACCGGCUGGCCAGUUCACUCCUUUGGAGAUGAACUGAAACAAUUAUGGAUGGCAUGCGAGAGUCCAAAGCCUAACGAAACUACGACAUACACAAGCAUACUCUUGAACCGGCAUUAG